AUGGACUCCAUGAGUCGACUCAAGGCCUUCGGUUUCCGUCGCGACAAAAAGAACAACAACAUCCCAACCUCAUCCUCUCCCACCCCUCCGCCAGUCAACCUCCUCGUCAACACCACCUCCAACGGGACCGCGUCGCCCCCCCCUUCUGGCGACAACACUUCUUCAACCCAUAGCCUUCCCAUGAACAAUAACCAGUUGGCCCGCCCACCAAGUUACCCCGUCGGUCGUCCUACAUCUCCUAUGGUGCCCGGUCAGCAGCAGCUUGGCCACCAUCCGCCCCCAAUCAACACCAAUCUCCAAUACGGCCAACAGCCCGCCCAACAAAUGAAUCCCCCGCCCUACGGGAUGCAGGCCGUGCCCCACGGCAUCCCGCAGAACAUGUCUCAGCCAGGAUAUGCUGGGCGCAUCAACACCGACGCUGAUGGCGGUCGCGGCAAGGCUCAGUUGAUUGUGGGAAUUGACUUUGGCACUACUUUCUCCGGUGUCGCAUUCGCUUUUGCGACCAACAAUGAGGCUCGGGAAGAUAUCAUUACCGAAUGGCCGGGCGCUGGAACACACACCAAACAAAAAAUCCCGACAGUCCUCUACUAUGACCAGUAUCAAAAAGUCGUCGGCUGGGGGCCUGACAUCGCCGAUGCCCUCGCCCCCACCGGAUACCCCAAACCCGGCGUGCAAAAGGUCGAGUGGUUCAAGCUCCAGCUCAUGCUGUCCGGAAAUACCUAUAUCGACCCCAUCAACUUGCCCCCGCUCCCGCCAGGAAAGUCCGAGAUCGACGUGGCGGCUGACUACCUCUUCAAGCUGCGCCAAGCCAUGCGCGCUCAGCUGCAGAAGACGCUGGGCGAGGUGUUCACCCGUGAGGAGCGCAACAUCCGCUACUAUCUGACCGUGCCUGCCAUCUGGAACGAUGCCGGCAAGGCAGCCACACGCGCCGCUGCCAUCCAGGCCGGUUUCUUGCGUGACGAGAAUGACAACCGACUGACGCUCGUGUCGGAGCCCGAGGCCGCGGCGCUCUUCUGUGCCAAGACCGGACUGCUGAACCUGAAAGUCGGCGAUGCCAUCCUGAUUGUCGACUGCGGUGGUGGUACGGUGGAUCUGAUUGCUUACGAGGUCGAGGAAGAGCAGCCGUUCAGUGUCAUGGAGUGCACAGCUGGAUCUGGUGAUUCGUGCGGUUCGACGGCGCUGAACCGGAAUUUCAGCAAUAUCCUGCGCGCUAAGAUCCGCAAGAUGAAGCUUCCGGACGGCUCGAGGACGGCGGGUAAGGUCUACGCCAAGUGUAUCAUGGACUUUGAGAACCGCAUCAAGGCCGACUUCCGCAACAACGGACAGAAGUGGGCGGUGGAUGUGGGUAUCGAGGCCGAUUUCCCGGACGCCGGCAUCGAGGAGGGCUACAUGACCUUCACCAAUGAGGAGAUUCUUCAGUGUUUCGAACCGGUCGUCAAUCGGAUCCUGGAGUUGGUGCGCAACCAGAUCAUCGCCAUUCAAGCGCAGAACCGUUCGCUUCAGAAUGUCUUGGUUGUGGGUGGUUUCGGUGCAUCCGAGUACCUCUUCCAGCAGAUUCGACUCCACGUUCCUCCGCAGUACCAGACCAAGGUGGUGCGGCCCAUGGACUCGGUGGCGGCUAUUGUCAAGGGUGCCGUAACAGCCGGUAUCACCGAGCGAGUGAUCACCCACCGUGUCGCGCGUCGGCACUACCUGAUGGCCACGCUGCAGCCCUUCAAGGAGGGAUACCACCCAGAGCAGUACCGGGUACCCAGUCUGGACGGCCGCGACCGCUGCAAGUAUACGCGGCAGAUCUUCGUGCAGAAGGGCGAGCGUGUCAAGAUCGGCGAACCCGUCAAGGUCAGCUUCUUCCGUCAGGUCGCCCCCGGCGCUACCCUCAUGUACGAGGACGUGCUGUACGCGUGCGACGAGGAUGUGUGCCCAGAAUAUACCAAGGAUCCCCGCAUCAAGGAAGUCGUCACGCUCACGUCGGACCUCUCGCGCAAGAACCUCGAAACGGACUUUGAGCGCAUGGAUACCCCGCAGGGUAUCUUCUACCGCGUCUACUUCGACAUCUACCUUACUCUGGAUGGAAGUGAAUUCAGUGCCGAGCUGGUGUGCCAGAACGAAAUCAUGGGCCGCUGCCGAGCCAAAUUUAGGUGA